UACCUCCUCUGCCUCCAGGUUCCCUUGAACUGUUGUCUAUACCUAUAGCCUAGAGGCGCUUGUACUCCAGAAACCGCACCCUGAUGGCCUGAUUACCAGAACUCCAUAAUCACGCACGGUUCCUCGGUUCUACUUCUCCCUUUGGGCCAAGAUAUCUCGAAAGCAAUGGCUGGAGACGCCCCCGUGCCUCAGACUAUCGGCAAUUCCAAUUGCAGUAGCUAUAGCUCGAAGAAACCGAAAGACAAAAAGAAGAAGAAGAAGAAGCGUGGUGGGAGCAAGAAGAAGAUGACCGCAGAGCAGACUCUGGCUUUCAAGUCCGUCAGUGAAUGGGUGUUCUUGGAGCAGCCUUCUUCGUUGCCUUACUCUGCAGCGUCCUUUGUUGUCGAUGACUUUGGGGUGCAGAAAACUCUUGGAAAAGGAGGGGAGAAAUUGGUGUUCGAGUUCCAUUCCCACUCGAAAUUCAGUGAUGGGUUUAUGUCGCCUCUGAAGCUGGUCGAGAGAGCUCAUGGGAAUGGGGUCAACGUUCUUGCUCUGACAGAUCAUGACACAAUGUCAGGCAUCCCUGAGGCUCUAGAAGCUGCUCGAAGAUUUGGCAUUAAGAUAAUUCCAGGUGUUGAAAUCAGUACAAUAUUCUCUUCAAGUGUUGAGUCUGAAUUAGUCGAACCAGUGCAUAUCCUUGCAUAUUAUAGCAGCUGUGGACCAACAAGGUCUGAGGAGCUGGAGACGUUCUUGGCUAACAUAAGAGACGGCCGUUUCCUCCGUGCAAAGAACAUGGUUUUAAAACUGAACAAGCUUAAGCUACCUAUUAAGUGGGAGCAUGUUUCCAGGAUAGCAGGCAAGGGAGUUGCUCCCGGGAGAAUGCAUGUGGCCCGCGCUAUGGUUGAAGCAGGUUAUGUGGAAAAUCUGAAACAAGCUUUUGCUCGAUAUCUUUUUGAUGGAGGACCCGCUUACUCUACGGGAAGUGAGCCUCUUGCUGAGGAAGCAAUACAAUUGAUAUGUAAAACAGGAGGUAUGGCUGUGCUAGCACAUCCAUGGGCAUUGAAAAAUCCUGCUGCCAUUGUCAGGAGGCUGAAAGAUGCUGGCCUUCAUGGGAUGGAGGUUUACAGAAGUGAUGGAAAACUAGCAGCAUACAGUGACCUAGCAGAUGCUUAUGGCCUUUUGAAGCUUGGAGGAUCGGAUUAUCACGGAAGAGGUGGGCAAGGCGAGUCUGAACUGGGAAGUGUAAACCUUCCAGUAUUGGCUGUUUAUGACUUCCUUGAGGUAGCUCGACCAAUUUGGUGUGCUGCCAUCAGGGACAUUUUAGAGAGUUACGCCGAAGAGCCUUCUGAUUCAAACCUUGCUGGGAUAAUGAGAUUUGGGAGGACCCGGAUUUUUAGAGGAGGUUCCCCCUUGAGUGGCGGCGAGGACUUGAUUGAUCGUUGCUUGUCUUUGUGGUUGACUAAUGAAGAGAGGCAAAACGUAGAGUUUGAUGCCAUCAGGUUGAAGCUUUCUCAUAUAUCUAUCAAUCAGGCAGGACUUCAGGUUCCUAUUGAGAGCAUAUAAUUCCGAGUUGUUUAUCUGUACUAAUUUUUCUCCUAGGACAUAAUAUUCGUCCAUCAAAUUCAUUUUCACCUCUCUAUGGUGGGUAGUUUUGACUUUUGCAGUCAUCUGCAAAGAUUUUGUUAAGACAUUAUAGGAUCUAACGAGAUGCAGAAACACACGAUUGUUUGUUGGUUUGUCUCAGUUAGUAUUCUAGAUUAAUAAAAUCUUUAUCCAAUAUUUAUAUA